AUGUCGAGAGAUGAGAAGAUGUCUGAACUGGGUGUGUUGAUUGAUUGGUGGUUUCCUCCAAGGCUGAAGCUGAUGCUGUUGAUCGUGUCUCUGCAGCUUUUCGCCAACACGGAGUUUGUGCGUGGAAAUCCUGUCUCAGCAGGGAAUGAAAAACUCCAGUGUGUGACUGACUAUUUGUUCACCAUCAACUGCUCCCUGAACAUCCCACAGAACACCUCAGACAGCAACAGCGCCUUCUGGCUCAUUGUCAUGGAAAGAGCUCAAAAAAAUGAAUUCAAAUGCAUGCUGAUAGAGACCGGUGGGCGUUACUUCUGUACUCUUCAAAUAUCCACUCCAGAUCCUGACUAUGACUAUCAACCCAAUGGCUUCAUUGAAACACAUACCUAUCAGUUCUCUCUUUGUCACAAACUUGACGGAGCUGAAAGCUGUGAGCUGCUGACAGACAAGUUCAAGCCUUACAAAAACAUCAAACCAAACGCACCGUGCUGCCUUAACCUCAGCCAUGAGUCUGGUGAUCAUCACUUCACCUGGGAGAGCACCUAUGAGAAAUACAGCUGGUACACCACUCUGACUGAUGACCUGAUGUUUCAGCUCCAUUACUACAAGAGAGGACACAAAUUGGAUAUUCCACCAAAUACAAUCACCAUCUCAAGCAGAACAAAUUACUCUAUAAAAGAUCAUCACUUCUCACCAGACACUGAGUACUGUGCCAGGGUGCGCUCCAGUCCUGACCAGGCUUAUUUUGAGGGUCAGUGGAGCAACUGGUCCUCUGAGAUUCAGUGGAGGACCGAUCCAGCUGUGAGUGAUCCUGGAUCAGACACAAUUAUGUCUAAAUUUUGGGUGAAGGUUUUCAUCCCUUUGGCUGUGGUGGUGCUACUCACCUUACUUCUGUGCUACGCUCCAAUUAAAAAGUGGAGGCAAAGAUCCUACAUUCCAACUCCAGCUCCUUAUUUCCACACCCUGUAUCAUGACUGCCAAGGAGAUUUCAAGAGCUGGGUGGUAACACAAGGAAACACAGCAGACGCGCUAAAGGCUGAAGAAACACUCAAGAUAGACACACUGACAAAGUGUGCAGAUGUCCAGGAGGCAGAGGAGGAGGAAAGUCGAGAGUGUCAGCACUAUUUCAUGGAGGGCAGCACCUACAGCAACAUCGCCGACCCAGGCUUUGACACGUCUCUCCUGGGUCUCCCAUACGCUGUGAGCACCAUGCUUCCUGCUCUGUCAUAUCCAGGGAGCUCGCUCAAGAGUCUGACCUUCAGCUCACCGCUGGGGAGUCCAACCGAGGGAGACUCAGGAUGCUGGCUCAGCAGCCACGCAUCCCUGGAAAAGGACCCUCCCUGGUACUGCAAUGAGUACUGCACCCUGAGCACCUUCCAGCAGACCGGCCCGGCCUCAGCAAUGAAGCCCUGCACUGACCUGGAAGAGCAGAGUGGGGGCUUUACUGAGGCUUAAAGUGGUGUGUUUGCAAGUGCUUAUUGGAAGGACUGUAAUUAUAUGCAUUUUAAAAAGAAGCUGAUUUAACACCAGCAGUGUAAAGUGGAAAAAAUAUCUUCCAUAGUUCUGAAACAUAUGUACAUACAUAUACACAGUCAGGUGCAUAAGCCCACAUUACUAUUUUGUAACCUGAAAUUCAGGUAGAUCUUUUGUUUUUCUUUUUUUCAAUCAUUAUUAUUUAGGUUUGUCUAAAGGCAGUCAUCUGUUGGAUACAUAACCAACUAAAGGCUACCUUUUCAUCAGAUAGCACUCAGGGUUUCUUAUAUGGUUGUAGUCAAUACAGUAACUUUGAGCAGUUUGCCAUGGCAACACAGUUUAUGUACAUAUUUUUUAUAUUAAAUAGUGAAGUGCUAGAGCAGUCAUCAGAGUUGAAUUUGAUCCUGGACAUUAACUGCAUGUUAACCCCUCUCUACUCCAGACGGUCCAAUCUAACAAAGGCAAAAGACUAA